ACUCUCAGUGUGGUGAGCUUCUCCUGAUAGGAGCGUGCGUGGAAACUUCGAGGUGUGCUUUUCAAAGUGUGAUUCUUCUUAUGGAAAAGUGUGAGGAGCUGACAUUGGAGCGUAUUAAAAGAUGACACCUCCUCAUCUCGUCAACAUGGAAGCAGACGUCGGGCUCAUCCUGAGGAUGUGUGCAUGAAAGUGGACUGACUGAGGGCAAUCAUGGAGCCUGAGUGGAACUGCAGCUUCCACUGUGAGUCAGCACACUGCCUCAUCCACUCAGGGGUCAACAGGCAGGAGAGCAUGGACGUGAUGUACAGACUGUGCACUCUCAGUAAGAUGACUGUAGAUCCACCGAGGCGCUCCCUCUCCCCUGUGCUGAGCGCCGUGGUGUGGACGCUGCUCUCCUGCGGCAUCCUGCUGACCUUCUGCUUCCUGCUCUUCACGCUGCGCUUCAAAAACAACAGGAUAGUGAAGAUGUCCAGCCCCAACUUGAAUGUCCUGAGCCUCUUUGGAAGCGUCCUCACCUACAGCAGCGGCUUCCUGUUUGCCAUGGACGGGCGGCCACACCCGCAGAUGGAGGAAUCAACGGCGGUGCUCCAUGCUCGGGUUUGGACUCUGUGUCUAGGCAGCACCAUGGUGUUUGGGCCUAUUUUGGGGAAAACCUGGAGGCUGUACAGGGUGUUCACCCAGAGAGUGCCUGACAAGAGAGUGAUCAUCCGAGACAUCCAGCUGAUGGCCAUGGUUGCCCUCCUGAUCCUGGUGGACCUGCUGGUUCUUACUGCCUGGAACCUCACUGAUCCCAUCCGCUGUUCUCGAUCAGUCGGUGCGCUCGUUAAGAUGGUGGAGAAAGACGUAUUCUACUCUUUGUCUCAACAUGAGUCCUGUUCUUCUGUGUAUUCGCAUCUGUGGGUUAUCAUAAUAGCUGUUAAAAAGGGUUGUCUCCUCCUCUAUGGGACGUAUCUAGCCGGCCUAACCAGCAACGUCAGCCACCCUCCGGUCAACCAGUCUCCCACCAUCCUAACGGCUGUCACUUUGGUGACGCUCUGCUCCACCGUGGCCGUCCCCGUGUCCGUCUUCAUGCAGGCUUGGCCCAACGUGGUUUACAGCACUGUGGCUGGAGCCAUUUUCAUCUGCACGCUGGCUACUAACUGCAUGCUGUUUGUGCCUCAGCUGACAGAGUGGCGAAACUUUGAAGAGGAUCAGAACAACCCGGGUCAGAUGGCCAAGUAUUUCAGCAGUCCCAGUAAGAGCCAGCCGUCAGUCUACAGCCAAGACGACAUCUACUUCCUCUUGGGGGAGAACAACUCCAUGAAAAAACUGCUCAAUGAGAAGAACGCAGUGAUUGACAGCUUGCAGGAGCAGGUGAACAACGCCAAAGAUAAGCUUCUACGUCUGGUGUCAGCGAGCCAGCUGUCGGUGAAGCAGGAAGAUGUGGACUCCUCCAACCUCCACUCCUCCUCCACUCAGACUACGGAACUUCAGUCCUGUGACUUUGCGGCUUCUCUACCUCAGUCCAGACUCUCGCCCCCGCCACCUGUUUUACCUCGUCUCAUGGCCGCUGGUGGUCCAGGGUCUUCUGAGCUGGUCCCUCCACCAGACUACAUAGCUGCCCUCUCUCCUCCCCCCGGUGGGUUGGAUGCAGAUCCAUGUAAGCCCACAGCAGAGGAUGCAGUCCUCCAGGCGUCAGGCUCACUUAGGACAGCAGAGGAGACGGCUCACUUUGUCACUUCUGUACAAUCGCAUAGACUGCUGAACCCUUCUGAGGUUGAAACCUUUAGCAAGUGUCCAACCUCCCCCUUGGGACCAAGCACCAAACCGAAUGGCUUUGUUAGUAGCGAGAAGUUGCAAGAGAUCCUCCAAGAACUGAGUGUGGACACAGUCUUGGCCAGGAGGCCUUCUCAUAUUAAAUUCAAAGAGGACUCCUCGCUUUCCCCCAUGUCCUUAAGGACACCCCGCUCCCCUAACCCUCCUUUAGUCUUCCGCUACCCCAGCAUCUCCCCCUACGCCAUGAGGAAACGCCGACCACCCUUCCAUUCGCCGAGACGAGGUAUGGCUCCACCUUGUUUGUACACAGAGGCUGCUGGCUGUAGGCGGAUGAGGGACAGCUGCGGGGCCUGGAAGCCAAGCAAGCAUCCUGAAGGAGUCACACUAAAUGGGGGCGUCGCAGUGGAUGGUACUCUCCUCCAGAUUCCCCUCGAGGUGCAGGAGCAGGAUGAAGAAGGCUUGGCUUCUGACAGAUGUGCUUCAGAACAUGCCUCUGAUGUGGACGCGGGCAGCGACGCCGAGCAGCGCUGCGGACACCAGGCGGACCCUUGCCGGUACUGGGAGUCAGACUCGAGCAGCUCAACAGACUACUGUUUCUACCAUCGACCCUACUGCGACUCCUGCUUGCAACGAGGAUCUCUCCUGUCCUCAGACUCGUCCUCGGACUCUUCAGACAGCGAGUAUGAAGGUUACGGCCUUUAUCGCUCUCCACAUCCUGUUGUGUUCAAGGAAGACCUCAAGCCAACACUUGUGUAAACAGGCACAAUUUAGCUAAAUUUAGCACCAUUUAGCUAAAAUUAGCCUCAAGGAUAACUUUGAUAUCGAUUAAGCUCAUCUCUGUUUCGUUUAGUGCAAUUCAUUUGACUGCAUUGACAUUUGAUUUCAAUGUCAUGAUAUUUAACAAUGCAAACAGUAUCGUGAGUACAUCCCUCACACUUCAGAAACAUUUUGUUACAAUAUUACACAAAUGAAACUUGGAUAAAACUUGGAAGAUAGUACAGUUGUCCCUCGUUUAUCGCAGGUAACUGGUUCCAGACCCAACCAUGACAUGGGAAUUUCUGCGAAGUAAGAGUUUUUAUUUAUGAAUGGGAUAUUUUCAUUGUUAGAGCAUAGAAAACCUGUUGACAACCUUCUAAAUAUGUUUUUUUUUUUACAUUAUUAGAGCAAAAAGGCAUAAUAUAUGGAGAAAAAGUAGAAAUGUUGAUGCUAAUAACACAAAGCUGACAUGUAAGCCAUUUUUUAAUCAACUUUGUAGCAUACAGGAUUGGUAUUACCGGUAGCAUUUUUUUACAAAAUUAAAAAUGUCAACAUGUAUUAAUAUCAAAUGUAACUCAGCAUGUCAUAGGACAUGUUGGAAUUCAUUCAAUUAAUUUCCCCCAAUGAACCACAGCUACCUGGUGCACUCAUGCAGCUGCAGACCAUGGCACUACCACCACCAUGCUUGACCGUAGGCAAGACACAAUUAUGUUGUGUUGGCAGCUAUUUAGACAAUAAUGUGUUUUCAGAAGACAGUAAAUCUGUACCGCUAUACAAGCUGUACCCCGACUACUCUAAAGUAUGUCCAAUUUCAUUUCCAUAGUAUUCCCUUAAGAAGAUACACUGUAACGAAAAUGCUUGCUGAAAUAUUUUGCGGGAUACCAUACAUGGAAAUCUGUUUAUUUUACAAAACCGGUGCAGACCUCGAGCUCUUGAACACUCUCCGGACACUUUAUAAGGUACACCUGCAUCAUCUAAUGACGAGCUGUAGCCAAAAACAUAGACAAUAAUGCAGUGGACUAUACCAAACGGUGCUUCUUAUUGCAUUUAUUACCAUACAGUUCUUACAUUGGAUCACGCAGGGGUACUUUAUAUUCAUGAUGUGGCAGGUGAGUGUAAUUUGCACAUUUACAUAAUAUAUUUUUAUAAUUGACAGAUUCAAGUGUGUAAAAAUACACUGGGGACUACCGAUAGCGCAUCGUCGAUGAAAAAUGUAAGGAGUGCUAUAUUUAUUAUGUUAUUUAUUUCGACAUGUUACUUUCUAUUUUACUUCACUAGUAUUGCACUUCAGUGAAAAUUAGUUUGAAUGUAUAACUAGAGUGUUUUACUUUGUCAGUAUGACGUCAACAUGAGGCGGACGUUUCAUGAAAUGUUUUGUACUUCCUGCGUGUUGGCCUAAAAGGGCGCAAAGACACCCCACUGGCCCUCAAACGCUCGCGUGGUCUUAUGUUUUGUUUUUUUUUUCUAACUGAUUGCAUGAAGAGCUAAACACAAAGUGUAGACACUUAAUUCAUGCCACCGACUCGCCAGAGGGCAGAAACCAAACAGAAUUCUUCUACCGGAGUCUAUGCUGCUUAUUUCAUUUAGAACUUCGUCAGACACUAAUUGCUCUGACAGUGAGGGGUCUUAAGAAGUACAAUAUGGGGCAACAAGGCAUAAUUUAGACACCAAUUUACCUUUUCAACACAGCACUUUCAGCUUAUUUCGUUCUCUUUCCUUGAAUUAUUUUUGCUCUGCUGCCUUAUUUCUGGGCCACUCUUCAUUCUGCGUAUUGAAGCACUGAAGGGCAGACUGGGAGGAGGAAUUCUCUUUGUAGAGUACAACACAAGGCGAUACAAACCACACAAAAGACUCUGCCAGCUUUAGUAUGUGUGGGAGGCAAAGUCUUCCUGACAAACUAAGAUUAGCCUGUUACUCUCCGAUAUGAACGAUACUGGUGGCAAAUCUCUAUUGAAUAUGAAGUUAUUGUUUUUUGAAACACACAUUUGCUGCUCAUAUGAGCAUGCUCUUGAGACACCAUUAGAACAUCAUUAAAAAGUCACAAUUGCGUAAUAGUGGACCUUUAAGGUGCAGUAAUUCCUUGUUUAUCGUGAUUAAUAGGUUCCAUAUCCGACCGUGAUAGGUGAAUUUCUGCAAAGUAGGAUCCCUUAUUUAUAAAUGGAAUAUUUCCAUAGUUUGAGCAUAGAGAGCAUGUUUAUGACCUUCUAAAUAGGUUUUUUUAACAUUAAUAAAACCCUCUAGAGAUGAAAUAACACCCCUUUAGUCACCGCUACACUUGUAUUACCCGAUAUAGUAGACAUAAGAGUAAAAAAGCCAUUUAAGACAUAAAUAAGACUCAUGCCCAUGUGUGUUGCUACAAAUGUAUUCCCAAGGGGAGCAGAGUAAGUCGUGGACAGGAAGCGACAUUGGGAGUUCAGAGAUGAGGUUCAUCUUGCCGUGGGUUACUGCUGCAACAGUAGCUUGUGUUUUCAUUAGGAAUUUUUAUUAGGGAUAAUUGUGCCUGUUGUGAGGUCAGUCAUUCAAACCUGCAAUAAAAGCCUGUUGUUUCUGCAAUCAAAUGUCUGGUGCCUGUAUGUCUGACCAAACAUGACACUUACUGCCACCUACUGACCAGUGGAGAGUAUUAC